UGGGUCUGAAUUCCUUCGCUUCCAAUGGCUUUCAUGGCGCUUCUUGUUCCUGGUGGGUGCGUACGAGUAAGCUUGUCACGGCCGGCGCACGUUAGACGAAGGCUAACUACGUUUGCUACCGUAUCCCCAACCCGAGGAGAUAGAGUGGACUGGGUCGAAGCAACUUCAGGCUUCUUUGAAAAUGACACGAGGCCCAUCAUGUUAUUUGACGGUGUUUGUAACUUAUGUAAUGGAGGUGUGAAGUUCGUGCGUGAUAAUGAUCGAAAUAGGAGAAUAAGGUUUGAAGCUCUCCAGAGUGAAGCAGGGAAGAAACUGCUAAGAAGGUCCGGAAGAGCUCCGGAUGAUAUUUCAAGUGUUGUUUUUGUUGAACAGGAUAGAUCCUUCGUCAAGUCAGAAGCUGUUGUGAAGAUAAUGGAAUACAUAGACUUACCCUUCCCCCAGCUAGCAUUCUUUCUACAGUUUGUACCUCUUUUCAUACGGGAUUUUCUAUAUGACAAUGUUGCAAACAACCGUUACACAAUUUUUGGUCGCUCAGACGCAUGUGAGCUAUAGGCAAUAGAAUACUUAAUUUUCCUACUAAAGUCACACUCUGAUCGUCUUUCACCAAACACAAAGGUUUACCUCUGAACAGAAGUCGAGUCGUGAUGAUGACGCAUGUUGUGUGCCGGCACCUGGCAGUCAGCCUACCAGCAAUAGACCCUUUUCAUCUCCAGUUGUUUUAGUUAGAAAAUAAGGAUGUAUAUUGAUUAUGGGGAUUUAAAUGAUAUAUAUCACAGUGAAGCCAAGAUGCCCCAAGUGUUUGUCAAAUCGGGUGUCUUGGUCAUGUGAAAUUAAGGCCAUACUCAAGGGUAUCUUGGAAUCGAUGCAAGAUGCAAUAGAUCGUACACUAGUUACAAUUUUUUUUUCUUUCUUUCUUCAGGAUGGUUGUAGGUUCCUCCUGAGAUUCGUACAUCAUGAUGACCGCCGCACAUUUUUCACUAGCACAUACGAAUCUUGCCAUACUAAAGGGU